GGGACAUGCCUCAGGGGGUCACCUCUGGGCAGGGGACCAUGGCUUCCUCUUGGGGCUGGAGUCCUGUCACGUUCUUCAACGAGAGGCUCUUGGCCCUGCCUCCGCCUUGAUGUAGUUUGAUGGUGACAGUGCCUACGUGGGGAUGAGUGACGGAAACCCAGAGCUUCUAUCAACCAGCCAGACCUACAACAGCCAGAACGAGAGCAACGAAGACUAUGAGAUCCCCCCAAUAACACCGCCCAACCUCCCAGAACCGUCCCUCCUGCACCUGGGGGACCACGAAGCUGGCUACCACUCGCUGUGCCACAGCCUCGCGCCCAACGGACUGCUCCCGGCCUACUCCUACCAGGCCAUGGACCUCCCGGCCAUCAUGGUGUCCAACAUGCUGGCCCAGGACAGCCACCUGCUGUCAGGCCAGCUGCCCACGAUCCAGGAGAUGGUCCACUCAGAGGUUGCUGCCUAUGACUCGGGCCGGCCGGGGCCCCUGCUGGGUCGCCCAGCGAUGCUGGCCAGCCACAUGAGCGCCCUCAGCCAGUCCCAGCUCAUCUCUCAGAUGGGCAUCCGGAGUGGCAUCGCCCACAGCUCCCCGUCGCCCCCAGGGAGCAAGUCAGCGACCCCCUCUCCCUCCAGCUCAACUCAGGAGGAGGAGUCGGAAGCGCAUUUCAAGAUGUCGGGAGAGAAGAGGCCCUCAGCUGACCCAGGAAAAAAGGCCAAGAACCCAAAGAAGAAGAAGAAAAAGGACCCCAAUGAGCCACAGAAGCCAGUGUCCGCCUACGCACUCUUCUUCAGAGACACUCAGGCCGCCAUAAAGGGACAGAACCCCAGCGCCACCUUCGGGGACGUGUCCAAAAUCGUGGCCUCCAUGUGGGACAGCUUGGGAGAGGAGCAGAAGCAGGCCUACAAGAGGAAGACCGAGGCGGCGAAAAAGGAAUAUCUGAAGGCUCUGGCAGCCUACCGGGCUAGCCUGGUCUCCAAGAGCUCCCCGGACCAAGGUGAGACCAAGAGCGCCCAGGUGAACCCGCCAGCCAAAAUGCUCCCGCCCAAGCAGCCCAUGUACGCCAUGCCAGGCCUGGCCUCCUUCCUGACGCCCUCGGACCUGCAGGCCUUCCGCAGCGGGGCCGCCCCCGCCAGCCUCGCCCGGACGCUGGGCUCCAAGGCGCUGCUGCCAGGCCUCAGCGCAUCCCCACCACCACCGCCCUCCUUCCCGCUCAGCCCCCCGCUGCACCAGCAGCUGCCACUGCCCCCUCACGCCCAGGGCGCCCUCCUCAGCCCACCUGUCAGCAUGUCCCCAGCACCCCAGCCUCCUGUCCUGCCCACUCCCAUGGCACUCCAGGUGCAGCUGGCGAUGAGCCCUUCACCGCCAGGGCCACAGGACUUCCCUCACAUCUCCGAGUUCCCCGGCGGUUCCGGAUCCCGCUCACCGGGCCCAUCCAACCCCAGGAACAGCGGAGACUGGGACAGCAGUUACCCCAGCGGGGAGUGCGGCAUCAGCACUUACUCUGCAGAGGCCGCCCCACGCCCGCCGCCAGCCCAAAGAACCUGCAGGAACCUUCUGCCCCCUGACCGCUUGCUCCAGGGCUACUGCGGACCCCGCUCCUCGUCCUGCACACCGUACCCUCUGUCUGGACGCCUGGGCCCAGCCCAGCUCAUGCGGGCUGCCCCCGCAGGGGUCGCUUACCAACAGAAACCCACCCCAGAUGCCCGGGGCAGCGGCCAGCCCGGCCACAGACGUGCGCAUAGGGUGUUCCAGCCUGAACCAGAGGUUCCGAACCCAUACACUGUUGGCUUCGUGUGAGUAGUUGACUACGUGUUUUAGAGCUGUGCUAAACACACCUGUAAGGUUAUUUUGUGGGGGGGAGGACAGUCGUUUCCUUUAAGGUCAGAAGCGUUUUCUAUGACCCUUGGCACAUGUUUUUUAAGUUUUACCUUAAGGGAGGCGUGCACAGAGCGGCCGCCAAACCGUUUCAUCGUCUGUGCAGCCAGGAGCCGGCCGUUCCCAGCCGCACUCGGAGGCUUUGCGCUUUUUCUUUUAACCACACGCCCGUCUACUUAAAAUUGCCAACGACGA